AUGUAUAUUUUAUUAAACCGCGUUAUUGAACCUCCUUUCAACACCUUUAUGAUGUUUUGGGAGUAUCUAAAACGGCUAGUACGACUGAAAUCAGAAGCGCAUAUAAAAAGAUGGCAAAAAAAUGACAGAAACCCCAAUGAAGAUACGCACCAGGAAUUUAUUAAAGCUAGCGAAGCCUAUGAGAUUUUGUCAGAUCCAAAAAAGCGCCAUGAGUACGACACUUUUGGUCAUGUUGUCGGUGAAGGCCAUGCACCCCCUCCUGGGUUUCAUCCUCACAGACAAAAAUUCGUUUUUCAGGCUCCCUUUGAAGACCUUUUCCAGGCAUUCUUUUAUUCGGGUCCUGAAACAGAAGCCUUAUCUCAAUACCUUAUCGAGCUAGACUUCAGAAGCUAUCGUCUGAAGCACCUCCCAACUUCAAGAGUUACUCCUAUUUUGUUUUUGGGAUAUUCUGACUUCUGUUUUACUUGUCAACGCAUAAAGCCUUUAUGGGCAAAGAUUGCAGACGAACUUACCCCACUUGGUGUCGCAGUUUCACGGGCGAAUCUAGAGAAAGACCAAGCACUUAGAGAAGAACUAAGGUUGCUGCAUUCUCCAGGCAUCCUAGCCGUUAUCACUUAUUAUUAUAGAAGUGAGUUUUCACAGCGCAAUGUAGUCGAGUUUCUCCGCACCGUACUUCUUGAAUCGAACCCUUCCCAGGCUUCUCUAGCCUUGGGUGCCAGUCUUCUCAGCGCCAACCUGGAUACACCUCUCGUAACCAAGCUUGAAUCUCUAUCCGAAGUUGUUGCAUUUCAGUCUGCCUGGCGGAUAGACAGUCGUCCUCGAGCCCUAUUUAUAACAUCAGAUCAGGAGCCCUCAUUACUUUUUGCUCUGGCAGCUUAUAGAUCCGCUGAUUACGUGGCAUCUGGUUUUAUUAAUUCCCAACUUCAGGAAGCCAGGACAGUGAUGAUGAAUUUCAAUUUGCUGCGUAGUGAAAUAUAA